AUGCAACCAUUUUAUUUUCAUGCCCUGCUAACACUGUCCUUGUUAGCGACAUUGAGCUUAGGACAAUCGACAGGAGCCACAACUCCUCCAAGUGGCAAUAGCAUGACAGCCAAUACGACUACCAUAACCACUUCAUCUUCCAGCUCACUCUUUUCCAAGUUACCGACUCAGGAUCAAAUCGUGACCAAUACUGCCACAACUCCAUUGGAAACUGGCAUGGCUUUUUUUUAUAAUAUCGCUCGUGGAUUUAUCAAUGCCAUCCAUACUCAAGAAUUGCCUUACGGUGUCCUCCGUGAAUUGAUUAAAGCACGGACAACUUCACAACUUCAGGCUGUUUGGGAUUUGAAUUACGAGAAGAUUAUCCAUUACGAGCUUGUUUUCGCAAUUCUUGGUGGUAUCGGUAUUGUUGCUGCUUUUACAUUCGUUAUAGUUGGUAUCACUUUUUGUACACUACGCUGUUGUGGAAUGUGUGGUAGCGAAAUGAUGCAAGCCAGAGGAAAGAAUUUUAGAUGCAAAGGAAUCUGUUAUGGCAUAUUUUUAGUAAUAUUUUCCCUCCUAGCAAUCGGUGGAGCUAUUACCUGCUUUCUGAGUUCCGCUCAAUUAGCGGAAACUGUACAGAAAGUUGACGUAACCCUCCGAAAUGGUUUGGUGGAUGUUACUAACUAUCAAACUGUUACAUCAAAUCAAUUCACAAUUUUAUUGGACAAUGAUUUCAACAUUACCAUGAGCAGAGUUAGAAGAUAUAUCAGCGACAGCGGUAUUGAGACUACGGUUGGUAUUCCCUUAAAAGGAAUGAUUCAGAAUAGAACAGAUCCAGUAGUUCAAAUUUUAACACAACUAUCAAGUGAUAAUAUUGCGGCCAAUAUGACUUUGCAGAAAAUUAAUUCACAAUUAUCUCAACUCGAAGCUAAUAUGACUGAAUUGAACAUUACGAUAAACGCUAUUAAGGCAAACCUUACUCGACUUGAAACAGCCUGUUCGUGCAGCAGUUCCGUUCAAUUUAACAUUUCGAGUUUAUUUGUAAUCUUUGAUGCUUCGAAGAUGCCAAGCUUACAGCCCGUAUCUGAUGUAAUCAAGAAUGUAUCUGAUCGGCAGCCGUUAAAGAUUAGUGGAGAGAUCAAUAAUCGUACUGCAAAGAUUCCAAAACAAGUCGUAAAUGAAACGAAGAGUGCUAGGCAAAAAAUCUCCACUCAGUUAACGAGUUUGGACACUAUUCGAAGAUCUGCUUUAUCCUAUAUAUCUUUCAUUAGAAACUUCAAUAUAACGAGUUACGUGAAUCCAGCGAUCAAUGCACUUCAGAAAGAGAAAAAGGAGUAUGAUGUAUACGUGGUAGCUGGAUAUAUGGUUUACAGCGGUAUCCUUAUGCUAUUCCCUGGUUUGAUUAUCCUUGGAUUAUUCUUUGGAAUACUUGGACGUAAGGCCGAUGCUGCACCGACUGAACGCGGUUUAAUGUCAAAUGCUGGCGGCAUCUUCUUAAUGGCGAGCGUUGGGCUAAUGUUUAUAUUCGCAUUCUUUUACCUGUUCAUUAACGCAUCUUUCUUCAUGAUUGGUGGUAAUAUGCAGCGGGCUGCUUGCCACCCAAUCAAGAAUGGUAGUAUCUACAGACAGGUAAUUGAUAAUGAAACUGUUUGGGGUGGCUAUCCCAUCGCUGGAUUUUUAUUACAAAACGAUACUAUUCCUCUGACCGCUACCAGAAUCCUGAAUGAAUGCCAAAAGGAUAACUCGCUAUAUUCAACAUUUCUUUUAGCCUAUCGCUUUAACAUUACCAAAGAAUUAGAUAUUCAAAGGCUCCUUCCGAAUAUAACUGCUGAAGUGGACAAAAUAGUCAUUCCAACGCCUAAUAUAACACUUCUGAGUAGUCAGAAUAAUCGAACUCUGCAAGAGAGUCUGAAUAAUAAUGCUACUAAAAUUAAUACUACUGAAAUUGACGCUAUACUGUCGAUAAGAACUACUUCGAUCAAUUUAGUGGAUUACGCUAAUAGACUAGAAGCUGAUACAAAUUCCACCAGCGUUGCUAAUGAUGUUCGACAAGUUGCACAAGAACUUCGUAUCUUAAAUUCCGGGAAGGUUGCUGCCAUUAAUCAAUUGAAGACUUCAUUACAAACAAAUAUCAACAAACUAGAAACAGAAAUUAUGGCUCUAAGGAGUGAUAUAAGGGUAUUAUUAGAUCGAGCUAAAGUUGCCGAUAAUUACAUAAAAGCCAGCUUUCAUACGGAUGCUAAGAACCUUGUAAAAACUAUCGCAACCCAAAUCGGUAACGAAGCCAAAGAAUAUGCUAACUAUGUUAAAAACAAGAUUUCGAACGACGUAGGCAAAUGCUUUGUUCUACGUAAUGUGUACGACAAUGCAGUAAACGUCGUCUGUGAUUUCUUGCAAGAUGCAAUAAACGGUGUAUGGUGUGCUGUGGGAAUAUGCGCCAUUUGUUUCAUACCAAAUAUUAUAUUUGGAGUAAAGCUGGCGAAAUAUUAUAGACGUAUGGAAAAAGAGCAUCCCUAUGACAAAAACGCUAUGGAUGCAUAUUAUGAUACUGGUUAUAUGCACGCGGAAAAGCCUAAAAUGGUAUAA